CGCUCGCCCCCCGGCGAGAUGAGUGCAUCCCACGUGAUCGUGGCGUGGAACAUCCCGGUUUCUGUUGGCUGCUCGCCAUCCGCGAUGAUCGCCCUCACUUGAUCAACAUCGCCGAGCGAUUGCAACAGAAGCAAAAAUGUUUCACCCUACUCGCGGAGGGAACAGAGGAGGCCAGGGAUUAUUCAAGUGGGAUAGUGUCAAGGAUGACAAGCAUCGCGAAAAUUAUCUGGGACACUCCCUCAUGGCGCCCGUUGGACGAUGGCAAAAGGAUAAGGAUUUAACGUGGUAUGAUAAGAAGCAAAACGCCGACGCUAGCGAUAAUAUCAACCGGGAGCUCCAAAGCAUCCGAGAACUUGAGGCCGAGGCCAUGGCGGAGGCAUUAGGCUAUGGCGGGCCCAAGCGUCGGCUUCAAAGUGGCGGUGUUAGCAAGGACGAGCUCAAGAAUGCGAUGAAGGGCGUCGAUAUUGAAGUGCCCGAAGCCGGCGCCGGUACGGGCGAGCGCAAGGGUCUCGGAUAUGACAAAUCAUCGCUGGCAAUAUCAGCACCACAAGAUGGGGAUUGUUCGGCGCCGAACGGAGAAGGGCCCGUGGCGGCUAUAGAUAAUGUCCGGAAUGACGUCCGGAAUGAUGCCCGGAAUGAUGCGAGCCCAGGCAAUAACCACCAAGAGCAAAUAGGCGACAAUCUCCCAUCAAAGCGGACGAAGGAAAAGAAGCACAAAAAAGAGAGGAAGCACAAAAAGGACAAGAAACGCAAGUCCAAGACACGCAGUCGAUCCCGCUCUCGCUCCGGCUCGCCAUCCCGGUCGCGGUCUCGCUCUCGCUCUCGAUCGCCAGCCCCAAGGGGUCAUCGCAGAGAUCGGUCGCCAUCGCCUGGGCGAGACUCUCGUCGCAAGCACCAGGAUAUGGCCGAGCGUGGCGCCCAAACCCCGGGUCGUGUUAGUGCCAAUGACAGGUACAGCGAGCAGCGAUCCCGAGACAGGCGAGAUCUCGGAGACAAAGAUCGCCGCAGCGAGUACGACCAAAGAAGGCAUCGUGGCGGAAGAGAGCGUCGUUGACAGGUGCCCGCGGAUGGUCUUGAUCAAUAGUCAUCUGGGAAAUAUCGGAGACAUGGUUUGAUGAAACCAGGCGUCAGAUGCCUUCGGAAGCAUACUCGCCCACCCCCAAGUCAGCCUAUGAGACAGCAGACAUGAUCGGACAUGAUAGGACAUGAUAGGACAGGACAUCAUGCUGGUUGAGAGGCAACCGCGCUGCUCAGACACAUAAUACAUCAUAUGGCGCUCACCGUCAUCGUCGCCCUGA